AGCAGGAGAGGCUUUACAAACCACGGACCAGGGACGGAUCAUCGAUGUCCCAUAUAGCAGUGAACACUGUAGCAGUGUACUAGUUCUUGAAGUAUUUCAGUUGGUAUAAAGGUAUUUGUCCCAUACUGGCGUAUCAAGGAAUCCAAGUCCACCAGACACGGUUCAAGUCGCGCAAUGCCCCCGAAGACGGCCUUCGUCACGGGCGCGAACGGGUACAUAGGCCACGCCGUGUCUCGCGCCUUUGUCCGCGCCGGAUACGUUGUCUACGGGCUCGUCCGCUCCGCUAAAUACGCGCCGUCGCUGGCCCUUGACGAGAUCAUCCCCGUGACGGGGGCCAUUGACGAUGUGUCUUCACACCAAGCCCUCGCAGACCAACUCCCAAAGACUCUAGACGUAUUAGUAUCGACAACCGAGAUGCCCUUCGACUACGUCCCCCACUACAAUAACACCGUCUCAUUACUCCGCACCCUCGCCCAAAGGACCCUCGACGCGGGGGGGCCCAAGCCCCUCGUCCUCUUCACCAGCGGCUGCAAGGACUACGGCAUGGGAGAAAACCACGUGCACGGCACCCCAGGCCUGGCGCCUCACACCGAGGCCUCGCCGCUCAACGCGCCCGCGUCGCUCGCCGACCGCGCCCACAACGCCGUCCGCAUCCUGUCGGACCACGGCGACGUCAUGGCCCCCGUGCUCCUCCGCCCCACAAACGUCUACGGCAGGUCCUCGAGCUUCUACGCCGCCUUCUUCCAGGUCGCCACGCAGGCCGCCGCCGAGGGAGCUCCCAUCGUCAUCCCUGCCUCCGCCCGGCCCGACUACAUCCUGCACGCGCUGCACGUGGACGACUGCGCCGACGCGUACGUGGCUCUGGCCGAGCACUAUCCGCGGCGAAAAGACGAGGUCGCGGGCCAAGUGUUCAACAUCUCGGCGCGCCGCUACGAGACGGUCGACGAGGUGUGCCGGGCGCUGGCAAGUGAGUACCGUGUUGGGCUGCGGUACGCGUCGGAGGCGACGGAGGGUCAGGGUGCCGAGAUUGAGAAUCCGUCACGGUGGCCGCCCGUCUUGAUUGACUUUCCGCAGUGGACCGGCUCGGACAAGAUCCGCCGCGUGACGGGCUGGUGCGACAAGAGGCCGCUGUUCUCCGAGGCGCUGCAUGUUUACCGACUGGCGUAUGAAGCGGCGGCUGGGCAGGCUGCGCGGGAUGGAGGCUUGGCUAGUAGGCAACGGGAAAGGGUCGCGGCGAACUUUGACGGGUUUAGAGCUUUCGCCUAGUUGGGAGUGGAUGGGUGUCAUGGUGGCUCGACUCAUUCAAUUACCUAGGUACACAGCGGGAGGGGGGUUCCACGAGGAAUU